AUGUCCCUCCGCUUCACACCCUCAACAACCCACGCCUCCCACACCACCAACACUACAGGCCGAAACUACGCCUCCCUCCCCCAUCCCAGCAAAGGUGCCCCUUCCGCGCCAGGUCUCCCCGACACUCUACGCAACAACAUCACCCUGCAACCCCCCCGAGGCUCACCUUCCUCUAUCUCCAACAAUCAAACCCCAACAUCAACUCACCCCCUCGAAGCCCGCCUUCUAGCCUGGCGCGAAACCCAAGAUGCAAUGAAAAUGGAAGGAUUGAGACGAGUAUACGGCAUGGCAGAACCGAUCCGUCGUGGUAUGGAGCUCAAGAUUGUGAGGGAUAGUAAAUUUGUGCCUAUGGCUUUGGGAGGGGCGCGCAGGAUGGGCGGUGAUUUGCAUGAGGAUAUUUUGGUUUUGGGGGGGAGAGAUACAGAGAUUGGGUGGGAGGAUGUUUUUCAUGGUGAUGAGUUCCGUGAACCGCCUAGUAUUCAUGAUGAGAUGGAGAAGAGGCUUAAGAUGGAUUGGUAG